AUGCUUCUUAUCGGUCUUACAGGCGGUAUCGCCAGCGGCAAAUCGACUGUUUCGUCAGAAAUCUCCUCUUUGGGAAUCCCCAUAAUUGAUGCUGAUCUAAUUGCCCGCCAGGUUGUGGAGCCUGGGCGGAAAGCUUACCGUGAAGUGGUUUCAGCAUUUUCUGAUGUUCCAGACUUACUCAAUGAAGACACUACCUUGAACCGUCCGGCACUUGGCCGUGCUGUUUUUGGAAACCCCGAACGAUUAGGUCGCCUAAACAAAAUCGUCCAUGCAGCAGUCAAGCGUGAGAUGGCCUGGCAGAUCUUGCGGCUAUACUUUUCGGGAUAUCGAGCGGCAGUUCUUGACGUACCGCUUUUGUUUGAGGCCGGGCUUCAUCGUAUUUGCGGAGUGACAUUAACCGUGUCAUGCAAUGACGACAUUCAGAUGGAGAGGCUUUUGAAACGGAACCCAGAAUUGUCCGAGGAGGAUGCGGCCAAAAGGGUCGCUAGUCAGCUUUCAACUCGUGAACGAGACGCAAGAGCAGACUAUGUAAUUUAUAACAAUGGAACUCUUGAGGAGUUGAAAACUGAGGUACACAAGGCUGUUGAUGAUGUAUUGCCGCAUCCCAUGUGGCAUAUAUUGGCUCUUUUCCCACCGUGGGCAAUGGCUUCCGCUGCUUUUACCGUGGCCGUUCGUGCCGUCCGCGAUUGGUCAAGACAAAAAGAUUUGAAGAAGGAUAGCUAG